GGAGGUGGGGAGAGGAGGGGCAACCCGCCGGGAUCCCCCCGCCUCCCGGCAGGCUUGGCCAGGGGUUCGUACCUCUUCCUCUCCCCACCCACCUCCCUCCCUCCCUCUCCGUGGCAGAGAAGGGCAGUCAGACAGACCGACCCAGAGGGACGGGCUCGUUUAGUCCGCGGGCCGAAGAGCUAGAUUAGCAGGCGGCAGCGGGUUUCGGAAGCAGACGGAGCGAGGGACCGAGAUGUGAUCCGUUUCUCCUGAGCAGAAGAGGCCCUUCCUCCUCCCUCCUUGCCUUUUCCCCAAGACGGUGAAGCAGAAAGAGCUCUACCUUUCAUAUGCAACAUAAAGUUGAAGACUGAGAUCCUGUGCACUUUGGGCAAAAACUGGUGCAUUGGCCAUUUUGGGCAAAUGUACUAAAGAAAACCCAGCACGGGAAUGGCUUGCCUCACCUUGACAGAGAUGGAGGGAACUGCCACAUCUACUGCUCAUCAGAAUGGUGAUGUCCCUGGGAACGAUAAUGCUGUGAAGCAAAUAGAGCCGUUUCUUCAGGUCUAUCUUUACCACUCCCUGGGAAAGGCUGAGGGAGAUUACUUACAGUUUCCAGCCGGGGAGCAUAUUGCUGAAGAGAUUUGUGUGGCUGCUUGUAAAGCUUGUGGUGUCACACCUGUGUAUCAUAACAUGUUUGCUCUAAUGUGUGAGACAGAGAGGACCUGGUAUCCUCCCAACCAUGUCUUCCAUAUAGAUGAGUCAACCAAGCACACCAUCCUGUACCGAAUAAGGUUUUACUUUCCUCACUGGUAUUGUAAUGGAGAUAAGCGAGCCUACCGACAUGGGAUUUCUCGAGGUGCUGAGGCCCCUCUUCUUGAUGAUUUUGUCAUGUCUUACCUCUUUGCUCAGUGGAGAGAUGACUUUGUUCACGGUUGGAUAAAGGUGCCUGUAACUCAUGAAACACAGGAAGAAUGUCUUGGGAUGGCGGUCCUGGAUAUGAUGAGAAUAGCUAAGGAAAAAAACCAAACCCCCUUGGCCAUCUAUAACUCUAUCAGCUACAAGACAUUCUUACCAAAAUGUGUUCGAGCAAAGAUUCAAGGCUAUCACAUUUUGACGCGAAAGCGAAUAAGGUACAGGUUCCGCAGAUUUAUUCAGCAAUUCAGCCAGUGCAAAGCUACUGCCAGAAACUUGAAACUUAAGUAUCUUAUAAAUCUGGAAACUCUUCAGUCUGCCUUCUACUCAGAAAAAUUUGAAGUAAAAGAGCCUGGCAGAGGUCCUUCAGGUGAGGAGAUUUUUGCAACCAUUAUAAUAACUGGAAACGGUGGAAUUCAGUGGUCAAGAGGGAAACAUAAAGAAAGUGAGACACUGGCAGAACAGGAUUUACAAACAUAUUGUGACUUUCCUGAUAUUAUCGACGUGAGCAUUAAGCAAGCGAACCAAGAAGACUCUACUGAGAGUAGGGUGGUAACUAUUCAUAAGCAAGACAGCAAGAAUUUGGAAAUUGAAUUUCUCUCCUUAAAAGAAGCUCUGUCUUUUAUAUCACUGAUUGAUGGGUAUUACAGAUUGACUGCAGAUGCACACCAUUACCUCUGUAAAGAAGUCGCACCCCCAACAGUGCUUAAAAAUAUCCAAAGCAAUUGUCACGGGCCUGUUUCGAUGGAAUUUGCCAUCAGUAAACUGAAGAAAGCAGGUAACCAAACUGGCCUCUAUGUCCUUCGCUGCAGUCCUAAAGACUUUAAUAAAUACUUCCUCACCUUUGCUGUUGAGCGGGAACAUGUCAUGGAUUACAAGCAUUGCUUGAUUACUAAAAAUGAGAACAACGAAUACAAUCUCAGUGGAACUAAGAAGAGCUUUGGUAACCUUAAAGAUCUUCUGAACUGCUAUCAAAUGGAAACUGUUCGCUCAGACAGCAUCAUUUUCCAGUUUACCAAAUGUUGCCCACCUAAGCCCAAAGAUAAAUCUAAUCUCUUAGUCUUCAGGAGCAAUGGCAUUUCAGAUGUGCCUACAUCACCCACUUUGCAGAGACACAAUAAUGUAAACCAGAUGGUUUUUCACAAAAUCAGAAAUGAAGAUUUGACAUUUAACGAAAGUCUGGGACAAGGUACCUUUACCAAGAUUUUCAAGGGUGUAAGGAAAGAAAUAGGAGACUACGGUCUCCAUCAAACAGAAGUCCUUUUAAAAGUUCUGGAUAAAGCACACAGAAACUAUUCAGAGUCUUUUUUUGAAGCAGCCAGCAUGAUGAGCCAACUUUCGUACAAGCACCUUGUAUUAAAUUAUGGAGUCUGUGUCUGUGGAGAGGAAAAUAUCCUGGUUCAAGAGUUUGUCAAAUUUGGAUCACUGGACACUUAUCUGAAAAAAAACAAGAAUUCUAUCAAUAUUUUGUGGAAGUUGGAAGUGGCCAAACAGUUGGCAUGGGCCAUGCAUUUUCUAGAGGAAAAAAAUCUCAUUCAUGGGAAUGUAUGUUCAAAAAAUAUUUUACUUAUCAGGGAAGAGGACAGGAAAUCAGGAAACCCUCCUUUCAUCAAGCUCAGCGAUCCUGGCAUUAGUAUUACAGUUUUGCCAAAAGACAUCCUUCUAGAGAGAAUACCAUGGGUUCCACCUGAAUGCAUUGAAAACCCCAAAAAUCUAAGCUUGGCAACAGAUAAAUGGAGUUUUGGAACCACUCUGUGGGAAAUCUGCAGUGGAGGAGACAAACCACUGAGUGCACUUGAUUCUCAAAGAAAGCUACAGUUUUACGAAGACAGGCACCAACUUCCUGCACCAAAAUGGACAGAAUUAGCGAAUCUUAUCAACAACUGUAUGGAAUUUGAACCAGAUUUCAGACCUUCUUUCAGAGCCAUCAUACGGGAUCUCAACAGUUUGUUCACUCCAGAUUAUGAACUUUUAACAGAAAAUGACAUGUUACCCAACAUGAGAAUUGGUGCCCUCGGAUUUUCUGGUGCGUUUGAAGACAGGGACCCCACACAGUUUGAAGAGAGACACCUUAAAUUCCUACAACAGCUCGGCAAGGGUAAUUUUGGCAGUGUGGAGAUGUGCCGGUACGACCCCCUGCAAGACAAUACUGGUGAGGUGGUAGCUGUGAAGAAGCUUCAGCACAGCACUGAAGAACACUUGCGAGAUUUUGAAAGAGAAAUUGAAAUUCUGAAAUCCCUGCAGCAUGAUAACAUUGUCAAAUACAAGGGAGUCUGCUAUAGUGCCGGUCGUCGUAAUCUGAGAUUGAUCAUGGAAUAUUUGCCCUAUGGAAGUUUACGUGAUUAUCUCCAAAAACAUAAGGAAAGGCUGGAUCAUAAGAAGCUAUUACAGUACACAUCUCAGAUAUGCAAGGGCAUGGAGUAUCUUGGAACAAAGAGAUACAUCCAUAGGGAUCUGGCCACAAGAAAUAUCUUAGUGGAGAAUGAGAACAGAGUUAAAAUUGGAGAUUUUGGAUUGACUAAAGUCCUGCCACAAGAUAAGGAAUAUUACAAAGUGAAAGAACCUGGAGAAAGUCCCAUAUUCUGGUAUGCUCCGGAAUCUCUGACGGAGAGCAAGUUUUCCGUAGCCUCGGAUGUCUGGAGUUUUGGAGUGGUUCUGUAUGAACUGUUCACAUAUAUCGAGAAAAGCAAAAGCCCACCAGCGGAAUUCAUGCGAAUGAUUGGCAAUGACAAACAAGGACAGAUGAUUGUAUUCCAUUUGAUAGAACUUUUGAAGAAUAAUGGACGGCUUCCAAGACCAGAGGGCUGUCCUGAUGAGAUUUAUUCUAUAAUGACAGAGUGCUGGAACAACAAUGUAAGCCAGCGCCCCUCCUUCAGGGAGCUCGCUGUUCGAGUGGAUCGCAUCAGGGACAGCAUGGGUGGAUGAAAGAGCUGGAGCUCACAAUAGGUUCACAUUAGACUUCAAAAUUAAGCUUUCUCCUUCAGGUUGCUCUGGAUUAUUCUCCCACACAUCUUAAUGGUGGAUAGACAAAGACAUGUCGAAGUAUCUCAUCAGAACCUGCAAGCUUUGGGGACUUUCUGCUUGUUUUUGCCAAGAGAGUCGUACUUUACAAGAAUAUGCCAAUAGACCCUGAAAUAGUAUCGGGAAUUAUUUCUGUAAGCAAGGUAGUGAAACCAGUUCUGUGUGUCAUCAGUUAGCAUCGCCAUCAUUUGCCUUUCGAGGCAAAGUAAAAAGAGCAGUGACAAGUAAACCGUCGGUCGGACGAAAAAGCAACAUUUCAUUCAUUUUUUUGGCCAUGAUGAAGAUGCAUAGAAUAUAUUUGUACGGUCUUUUUCUCACAGUGAAUGUAGAACGACUUGGCACUCGGAAAAUGUUUUGCACAAGGGCUUGUGUUCAUGAAUAUUGUUUUAUAGUUUUUCAUUGCUGAUCCACAAGGGUGUCACUGCAGAACAGCAUGAAGAAAAUGUACCAAGUAAAUUUCAGUGGGCCCAUUCAACGGCACCCCUGGUCAGCAAUAUUAACAGGUGUAUGCUUAGAGCUUUUUGUUUCAUGUACUGUAAAUAUUUUACUACGGAAAGGGAACAGAUGUCUAGGUUUAUUUGUACAGGCUGAUUUCCCCACUCCUGAAGGCAAUCUAUUUUCCUACUCAGUUUUCAUGUGUCUGGGUGGAAGUGUUCAUUAAGUGGAGUUCCCGCCACAGUAUCUUCACCCUUCUUCACCCUGAAAAAUAAGGACGGGACAACAGUUCUCCGGAUAGGUAUUAGCCUCCAAACUCUUCCUUCAACCCCAGAGACCCGUGGCCAACAAUUCAAUUAAACCACAUAAGAAAAAUGUUAGCCUUGUAAUUCAUACUGUGUAAACCUACUUGCUUUGCUCUUCAAAGAUAUUGUAGGUUAGAAAGAUAAGUUAGUAAGUUCAAUUCUUGGUCAACCUUUGUUUUCCUUAAGGUUGAUUUAUUUUAAUAGUAGGAAAAAAUCAUUUUUCCUAACCUCCUAGCUAAUUCUGUGUGCAUUGUUUAACAGGAAAUGAGAGCAAUUGCCAACCCCCACCUUUAAGAGUAACAGAAUUCAUAAUGCAAACCUGGGAAAAUUAAGGCAAGCGUAGUGGAAGAAUUUUGCAAUAGAUCAAGUUUGUACUUGAUACUCCCAUUUUGCCAGUAAAUUGCCAAGUUUGGGUGUUACUGUAUUCUGGAUCAUGUACCUCGUUGACAUUUUUGCCUCAUGCUCAAGUUUAAACUAUUUAAUCCAUAUCUUGAAGAUUUGUCUCAGUGGCACAAGCUGGUUUUUAAUUAUGUACUUUUGUUUAAGUCAAGUCCCGUUAUUAGUUGAGUUCUGCUCUGGAAUCGGUCUGAAAUCUCAGUGUAUAUUAAACAUUUGGAGGUCUGGAGAAGGCAUUUUUUUUUACAAAAAAAAAGAAGAAAAUAGCUUUACAGCAUUGACAGCAUUUGACAGCUGAACUAAUGAAUGCAGAAAUAAUCUAAAAUGGCAAUGUACUUUGGUGCAGUAGUAAAGUAGAUCCCAAUGGAUAUUUAAAAAGCGAAAUGUAGUCGUUUGUGUUAAAAAAAAAAAUCUCAGGGAUAUAUAUGUGUAGUGCAAUUAAGAGAUCUUCCAGACUGCCAGUUUUUCGAGAGAAAUGUAUGCCCUUAUUAUGAUAUAGGAUCGUUUGAUGGAUUUCAUACUCGGUACUAACAAAAGUGGGUGAAAAGUCUUGUGAAGGUCUGUAUCAUUUUGUUUUAUGCUUUUAAAAAAAACAAGGAUACUUGCUGGUAUUCUUUUCUUUUUUAAAAAAAUUUUAAUACCUUGAGUCUUAGUGAUAGGUAAAGAAUCCCAAGCAAAUUCCCUUCAUUUUACUGAAUUACGGAUGAAUGACUCUGGGAUUUCAAAGUGAAGUUAUUUUUUAAUUGAGGGUUUAUGUUUUUCUUUUCAGUUCAAACCAUGCAUGGAAAAACACUGUAAUUAUUUAAUUGGUUGUUCUCAAGGUACUUGUCGUGACUUUACUGUUCUUAUUAAUGCCAGUCACCUUCAAAUUAGUACAAUAUAGAAAUGAAGUUUUGUUAGAAUCUCAGCAGUUCUCUGUAUAUGCUGCAGUAUUUUUUUACUUGUUUAGAAGUCUUUGCAUUAAGAGGCAAACUAAUUCCUCUGUUGGUAUUUGCUUUGGAAAAAAAAUCUCCUUUACAUGUUAUUUAUAUAUGCUCCCUAAAGCGUUGUGGCCUGUGGUGGAAAAGUGCUCUCCCUCACAUACAUGACCGCUGCUAUGAAGUUCCGUGGAAUUUUUUUUCACCGCUACUGCUUUUCAGAUAUUUUAAAAUUAUUUUAAUAGUACAGUGCACAUUGCAAGCACCUAAAAAUUCACAACAGCGUUUCUCUCCGGUACAGUCCUGCUCUGCAAUUUCUUGAUUGCCGGUGUGCUUAUUCUUCCCAAACUUGUUCUUAAACCUUUUCUAAAGAGCUGCAAAGAUCAUGUAGUGAGACUAUAGAUGUGAGUUGCCAUCUCACUGUCACCUACCUGAGAAAGUGGGGAAACCCACUUACAGGUUUCUGUAUGGACAAAUUGGAGAAUCCAAGGAAUGCUUCCCUAGUUCUCUGACACCAGCUAGUAUAUUGUCUCCGUGAACAUUGCUGUAUCAACAUAAUCCAAAGUAUUAAAAUAAUUUUAA